GGAGUCCAGCAAUGCGGACCAGGCAGCCGGGAAGUGGGGUGAUAUGAUACGAGAAAGUCGGGUGACUGGACUAAUCCAUCGGCUAUGACUGCAGAAAUUCAUCCCCGUCCACAAGCACGGACACCCGUUCUGCUGAGCAAGAUUGAGGCUUUUCAGGACAUUGUAAACACAGCAGUUAUCGUCCCCAAAGAAGAUGGUGUUAUCAGCGUGUCCGAAGACAGAACAGUGCGCGUGUGGCUGAAGAGGGACAGUGGUCAGUACUGGCCUAGCGUUUACCACACAAUGCCUGCUCCCUGUUCAUGUAUGUCCUUUAACCCUGAGACCCGGAGGCUGUCAGUAGGCAUGGACAAUGGAGCCAUCUCAGAGUUCAUCGUGUCUGAAGAUUACAACAAGUUGACUCCUGCUCGAACAUAUCAGGCUCACCAGGGCCGUGUUACAGUGGUGCUGUUUGUGUUGGAGAUGGAAUGGAUCCUCAGCACAGCCCAGGAUAAGACUUUCACAUGGCACUGCUCAGAGAGUGGCCAACAGCUGGGCUCCCACAGAACCACAGCCUGGGUGUCUGGUCUGCAGUUUGAUGUGGAAACAAGACAUGCCUUUGUCGGAGACCAGUCUGGCCAAGUCACCAUCCUUAAACUGGAACAGGACACCUGCAGUCUGGUUACCACUCUCAAAGGACACACAGGCAGUGUGACAGCGCUGUGCUGGGAUCCUGUUCAGAGGGUGUUGUUUUCGGGGAGUUCUGAUCAUUCCAUUAUCAUGUGGGACAUUGGAGGACAAAAAGGCACAGCUAUUGAGCUACAGGGACACAGAGAGAAGGUCCAGGGUCUGUGCUAUGCUCCACACACUCGUCAACUCAUCUCUUGUGGAGCAGACGGAGGAAUAGUUGUGUGGAACAUGGAUGUGACACGGGAGGAGACUCCUGAGUGGUUGGACAGUGAUUCCUGUCAAAAAUGUGAGCAGCCUUUCUUUUGGAACUUCAAACAGAUGUGGGACAGCAAAAAAAUUGGCCUUCGACAGCACCACUGUCGGAAAUGUGGUCAAGCGGUGUGUGGGAAAUGCUCGUCUAAACGCUCCACCAUACCACUAAUGGGGUUUGAGUUUGAAGUGCGAGUGUGUGACAGCUGCCACGAGUCCAUUACAGAUGAAGAACGAGCUCCCACGGCGACAUUCCAUGACAGUAAGCACAGCAUUGUUUACAUGCACUAUGAACCAACCAGAGGAUACCUGCUCACCUCUGGGUCCGACAAGGUCAUAAAGCUGUGGGACAUGACUCCUGUGGUGUCCUGAGAAUCCCACUCAUGGCUGGAGGCACAGAGCGCCAUGCACCAAAGAGAUAACGGUUGUCUGGGCAGGAGAUGGGUGGAUGAGAGAUGAGUAGAUAGAGCCUGUGAAACAAAACAAAACCUGACUGCUGUCAACAUCGUGAGACUGCUGAUAAUCACCUGCACCAUUCUACUCAUGAAGAACAAUCCCUAAGUCUGGCACUGGGUAAUAUGAUGGACUGUAGAGGAGCUGCAUGCAUGCGUGUGGGUGGGUGUGUAUGUGUGCGUGUGUGUGUGUGUGUGUGUGUGUGUGUAUUAA